AUGAUUACACUGCUGAAUCCUAAAGCAGAGUCACUUCAUCGAGAACAAGCAUUGCAGGUCAAUAUAGCAGCUGCAUGCGGCCUUCAGAAUGUGCUUAAAAGUAAUCUUGGUCCAAAGGGAACAAUUAAAAUGCUGGUGGAUGGAGCAGGAAACAUUAAACUUACAAAAGAUGGAAAAGUGCUUUUGACGGAGAUGCAAAUUCAAAAUCCAACGGCAAGUAUGAUUGCCCGUGCAGCAGCAGCACAGGACGAUAUAACGGGAGAUGGAACGACAUCAAUAUGCCUUUUAGUUGGAGAGAUACUUAAGCAAGCAGAACGAUAUAUUCAGGAAGGCAUUCAUCCAAGAGUUAUAACUGAAGGCAUUGAAUUGGCCCAAAAAGAGGCACUUGUGUUUUUGGACAAGUUUAAGAUUAAUAAGAAAAUGGAUCGUGCUACAUUAUUGUCUGUAGCUAGAUCAUCAUUGUCAACAAAAUUGCAUGCUUCAGUAGUUGAAAAUUUAAUGCAUUAUAUUGUAGAUGCAGUUUUGUUUGUUCAAAGAGAAAAUGAACCAAUUGACUUACAUAUGGUUGAAAUUAUGAAAAUGCAACAUCGUACAGUUACAGAUACACAAUUAAUUAAGGGACUUCUUCUGGAUCACGGUACUCGUCAUCCAGAUAUGAUGAAAAGAGUUGAGAAUGCAUAUGUUCUUAUCUUAAAUGUUUCAUUGGAAUAUGAGAAAACAGAAAUUAAUUCCACCUUUUACUAUAGUACUGCUGAACAGAGAGAAAAACUUGUUGAAAGUGAAAGGAAAUUUGUUGAUGAUAAAUUAAGAAAAAUUGUCGAGUUAAAGAAACAAGUUUGCGGAGACAAUCCGAAAAAAGGAUUUGUUGUAAUUAAUCAGAAGGGUAUCGAUCCUUUAUCUCUUGAUGUCUUUGUUAAAAAUGGCAUUUUUGCAUUACGUCGUGCAAAAAGACGUAAUAUGGAAAGAUUGCAACUCAUUUGCGGUGGUGUUGCUCAAAAUAGUGUAGAAGAUCUUACUCCGGAUAUUUUAGGUUGGGCAGGCUUAGUAUAUGAACAAGUACUUGGUGAAGAAAAAUAUACGUUUGUAGAAGAUGUUAAAGAUCCAAAAAGUGUUACUAUUCUUAUAAAAGGUUCAAAUCCACAUACAAUUACUCAAGUUCAAGAUGCUAUUCGUGAUGGUCUUAGAAGUGUAAAAAAUGCAAUUGAGGAUGGUUGCAUAGUCCCAGGUUCUGGUGCUUAUCAGUUAGCAUGCUCUAUUCAUCUUUUAAAAAAUUUUAUAAAUACUGUAAAAGGGAAGGCUAGAUUUGGUGUACAGGCAUUUGCAGAUGCUUUACUUGUUAUUCCCAAAACUCUUGCUGCUAAUGGUGGAUUUGAUCAACAAGAUACAAUCGUUGCAUUACAGGAUGAAUAUUAUCAAGGACAUAUUGUAGGCGUAGAUUUAGUAACAGGGGAACCGUCUGAUCCAUUAUCUGAGGGCAUUUACGAUAAUUACAGAGUUAUUAGGCACAUGCUGCAUUCAUCUUGUGUGAUUUGCAAUAACCUUUUAAAUGUAGAUGAGAUUCUAAAGGCUGGAAGAAGUAGUCUUAAAGAAGCAUCUCAAGUUUAA